AUGCUAGACUGCCAUUCCCGCGCGCGCGACACCAAGACCACCUCGCCCCCUCAAUCAAAUGAUUUCUCCAUCAUGCAUCCUCCAGCCGCUGCACCUCGAACCUUCAGGCCCGAUGCGUCACUCGUCUUAGUUGGCAUUAGGGGUUGUGGCAAGCGCUCGCUAGGAUUCGUCGCGGCCACAGCCCUUAAACGACGGUUUAUCACUGAAGACCAUUACUUCAAGGAAAUCACGGGCAUGGCACGAUCGGAAUAUCUCAAGCUCCAUGGGAGCCAGAAAUUUCAACUUCGCGAUAUCGAGGUCCUCAAACUCAUGCUCGACAAUCACCAAUCUGGGUGUGUGAUUGAGUGUGGGCUGGGAAGUCUUACGCGACCCGUGCAAGAUCACUUGCGACGCUAUUCCACCACGAACCCGGUAGUCCAUAUUGCAGUACGUCUUCUGCGGGACGGGGAUCCCCUCCACCGCACAUGCUCCAACUUCGAAUUCUACAACGUCGAGGACCGCACUCGCAUCAUAUCGGAUGACGGAAGUCCCGAUCCGCGAUCCGCUGCGUAUUCUUUCAAAUUACAGGAGGUCAAGGAGGAUCUCACCCGAUUUGUUCGAUUCAUCACUGGGGUUGAUGUCAAUUAUUCAAGCUACGACUCACCAUUCGUCCUGCUGGAAACACCUCCCGAGCUUCGUUCCUUCACACAUGCCAUCCUCGUCCGCUCCUCUGAUAUGAUUGACGACAACGUCAGUUUACCGGAAUUAGAAUCUGGCGGCGAUGCCAUUGAACUUUGCGUCGACCGUUGGGGGCCCGACAUGGCCAAUGUGAUCAGCAAGCAGGUGUCGCAAUUGCGCCGCAAUGCGCGAACUCCCGUGAUCCUUUCAAUCGACACAUCAACAUCUGGAAUCAGUGAGCAGGAUCAACUUGCGUCUUACUUCAAUAUUCUCGAGCAUGGUCUUCGUCUCGCAGUGGAAUAUUUGGUUGUGGAUCUUGGCAAGAACGAAUCUGAACUGGCCAAUAUUAUUCGCGCCCGGGGUAAGACCAAGAUCAUCGGCCAGCAUAUCUUUGAAUCAUCCUCAAACGUGAAAUGGGAAGAUGAAAGUGCUGUUGCCCUCUACCAUGAAGCAGAGACGCUUGGAUGCCAACUGGUUCGCCUCCUCCGAGUAGCAACCAACCGCGAGGAGAACGCGACAGUUGUCGAGUUUGCCAACAAAAUCCGGUCGCUCUCGGGAGAGAGCCCCCCCACUGAUCGCAUAUAA